ACAGGUUCGGGUGGCCUUUGGGUGACAUCCCUGCUGGGUGCCACCCUAUCAGUCAUGUGGUUACUUGGCACAGCAGGCAAUGUGUACACCUUGGCCAUCACACGUUCGGCUGCGCCGAGCCGCACGGGCUCAGUCUAUAUCUAUGUGGCCAACCUGGCGCUGGCUGACCUGCUCUACCUCUCCACCAUCCCAUUUGUGGUCUGCACCUACUUCGCCCAUGACUGGCUAUUUGGAGACAUUGGCUGUCGGGUCCUGUUGAGCUUGGACCUGCUCACCAUGCACGCCAGCGUCUUUAUCCUGGCUGCUAUGAGUUUGGAGCGCUACCGGGCCGUGGCCCGACCCCUCAGCACUCGAAACUCGUCCCCACGGAGUCGUAAGUUGGCGGCCGCCGCCAUCUGGGUCACAGCCUUCGUGCUCACUCUGCCCAUGAUGGUCAUGAUCCAACUCAGACAGGACAAGCCGACUCCAGCCGGCGUGGUGAAGAGGAUGUGCUUCCCGACAUGGACCCUGGAAGCUUUCAAAGUCUACGUGGGUGUCUUGUUCCUGACCAGCGUUCUUGUGCCAGGUCUGGUCAUGGUCUCGCUGUAUGUGGGCCUCGCCAGGCGCUACUGGGCCAUGCAGGCCCGCCUAGGAGUACGAGGGCGCUCAGCCCGAGGCCGAGGGCUCAAACAGCGUGUGGUGGUGAUGAUCUUCAGCAUUGUGGUGGCCUACUGGGCCUGUUUCUUGCACUUCUGGGGAUGGCAGCUGACCCAGCUCUUCUCACCGGAGUCCCUCAAGGCUCUAUCCCCGGCCACACACAACUACGUCAACUUUUUUGUCACCUGUCUGACAUACGGCAACAGUUGCGUCAACCCUUUUCUCUACACACUGCUUACCAGAAAUUACAAGGACUACCUGGCACAGAAAGGCCAGUCCACUGUGGUCAGCAGGAUUGAGGCAACUAGAAGCUCACCCCCUCUGAACUCUUAG